AAUGUCUCUUUUUCCUUCUCCUCUCUACUGUACAGACAGAGGGUCCGCUGUUCUUGUAAGUUGCCCCCGAUUUCUUCUGCCUGCGGCAUCUUCCACUGCUCCCAUGGUUCGGGGAAGGUCUCUCUUGAGCACGUCCCUCCAUCUCUCCUUGGGGGCCCACAUCAGUCAAAGAAUUCCCCAUUAUGGGCUCGAUUUGAUUUGUUCUCGAAAGAUGAAUAUACCUCAUGGCAUGAUAAAUAUCGGCAUGAAAAACUGAGUUCAAAAGUGGUGAAGAAGCAAGAUGCCAUUUUCGAGUUGAUAUUGAUCGAGAAAUCCCACUGUGCCCAUCUUGCAUUUUUGCAGCAGGGAUACCGUAACCGACUGCUGCAAGAAAACAUACUUCUCGAAGCAGAUUUGAAUCGUUUAAUACCGGAUGUACUCGACGCGUUACUAGUAUUUCAUCUGAAUCUGCUUGAUCGGCUAACUGCACGGCAACGUGAAUCUGAUGAAGUGGAAACGAUUUCGGAUAUUUUGGCCGAAGAGUUGUCCGAUGAAGGCAAGCACAUUGGUAUAGCUGUAAAUGCGUAUACAACAUUUGGUUCAUCGAAAGAACGUUCCGAGAAGAUGUUCGAAUCGUUGAUGGCAAAAAACGCUCGUUUUGCCGAGUUCAUUAGGACAUCAUCACAAGAUCCGCUCUAUCGUCGAUAUGAAUUCAAGUCAACGAUGACGCGAGUUAUCAGUCGACCAGCAAAAUAUGGACUAUUGGUGGAGACAAUUUUGAAGAACGAAUACAACAAAUUCACAAAAGAGAGCGAGCUAACUCAGAAAGCUCUUCUGGCGGCCAAACGUUUUGCUAUGAAGAUCGACAAUAACUUGUUGGUUGCUCAAAUGGCACAACGUUGGGAUGAUGUACGAUCUCAUUUCGACCAUUCAAGUCACACGAAUCUUUAUCUCGUCGAUAAGGAAAAGCCAUCCGGUGUUGUACGUAUCACUUUCACUGUAAUAAAGUUUGUUAUUUCAGUCUUUAUGGUAUUAUUUGAUGAUAUUCUUGUGUGCUUACAACGUCGUAGUAAUCAGAAGUAUGUGUUUAUUCAACAGCAAUCGGUAUUUCCUGUUAGUGGUCUCAUUCUGCGACCAGCUGAUCGUAGUGCAUCGGUGAUGAUCAUAUCUGGUGCCAUUACAAAACCAGCUCUACUGGAAGUGGAUUUCAAUUCAAAGGCGGAUCGCACAAAAUGGAUCAAAACACUCGAAACGGCCAUCCAUAGCGCUCCUGUCAAAGGUUGGUCCAACAUCUGUUAUCGGGGUGCAGCCCGUCAACUUGAAAUUGAACGACAACUGCAAGUGAAACGUCAAAAAGAAGCCGAGGAUGCCUGGCUACGUAAGCUGGAUGAGAUGUUUGAGCAACGAAACUCUCAAGAGCGGAUCAUCCAGGACUAUGUGAUGUCGUUGAUGAAGUUUUUUGACGAGCUUCGAGCUCAUUUACAUACCUUGCCGUUGAAAUCACGUCCCGAUAUCGCCGACCGUAUUCGUGAAGCCGUUCGUCAACACUGCCGCGAACUACGCAUCCGUCGCACUGCCCCACUUAAUCGAAGUUGGUUGAUCGAGAACGCAUGUGUAGCACGGGAAUCCGAGCUGUGGAGUUUCAUCGAUGUGACAGCGGAAAUGGCCCUCGAUGGCACGCCGGAUUCUGAUGGUGGUGGAUCAAGUAGCGACAGUAGCGGAAGUGGACGACGGCCGCGACGUAUACAUACGUUCCAUGGAACCACUGGUCCUUCGAGUGGUCACGGUGCGUCGACAUCCUCAACAAAAGGAAGUGGGUAUCUGGCCAACCAUUCUGUUGCAUCGUCUGUAUCGAAUUUGGCGAGAAUCGAACUGUCGGCUCUUGCCAAUCGAUCCAUGCGGUGUAACAGACUGUACAUCGUGGUGUGA